CGCUCAUGCUUACAUUAGCUUCCUGACAAGCAAGACUGCACACGGACAGUAUCACCUCAGCCACCAUCAUUGAGAAACUCGUCCGUUUACCAGAGCUUCUACAGAUGCCUCGAAGGGGUCCACUAUCAACCAUCAGAACCAUGCCUUCUGUCAUAGUACUCGUAGUGGUUGUUGGUGCCCUGCGGGCAGCUUGUGGUUUACCCUUGGACAACGACUUCAGCUCGAGGAUCUUCAUGCCCGGAGACAUCCCUCUGAUGUUCGAUGUCGGGGCUAGUUCAAAUGGGCCGACGCCUACAAGCGGCAACCCAUCGGCCAACAAUCGUCGAAAUAUCGGACCCCCCAUCACAAACAAGACGACAGAGACCGUAGUGAAAGGAGUGAACUGUGGUCCCAAAUAUGGCACCGCCGUUUAUAACGGUACCUGUCAGCGCCUCCUGACGCAGUCCUCGUGCCAGCAGGGCGAAUGGCUCGUCAGGAAAAAGGACAGCAACGAAGGGGAAUGCGUAGCGAGGAAUUGCUCCAAAGGACAACUGUACUUCGAGAAGAAAUGCGUCAAUAUCAGUGACAGGACAAUUUGCAGUCGAGGUCAAAUGCUAUACGUAGACCUGACGGGCCGUGUGCAUUGUGACUGUGAGCCUAAUUAUUUCUACGACCCCUUCCAGGGGCAGUGCUUCGCUCAGCACGAACGAGGCUCUUGCGGCUUCGGGCAAUACCUCGAGGUGACAAACAGCGGCCGAGUUGCGUGCGUUGCCAACCCCUGCCAGAUGGAAGGCUUCUUACGUAAUAACGUCAACGGAAGGUGCUACAGAAAACAGUACCCGGGGAUUUGCGCCCAUCCAUUCUCCAUCCACUUCUCGGAUGAGGACAUGACAGUUCACUGCAUCGCCAAGUCCCCUCACACCAUCUUCGACCUUCCGACCAUGAAAGCUUGUCCCCAAGGUUCCCUUCGAGAUUUUUCGGGAGAUUGCCGAGAGGACUACAGGGUGGCCGUGGAGAACAUGUAUCCUUCUUCCUUCGGGACAUGUAUGAAUGGCUUCGUCAUGGAUCCGACGGGCAACUGCCGAAAAGCCAACAAGCUCUUCAGGUGAAGUGUCCAAAUUCAUCUUACGGACCGACCGUGUCACGGAUGGAAAGAGUUGCCCGAGUGGUAUUCGCGACUUGCUUAUAAGUAUUUUCAAAGCAUGUCAAGUGAAACGUGCCUAUUAGCGUUCAGUCUUCCCGUUCUCCUAAACAAAGGGGGAAAACCCCGUCAAGCCCAGAAGAAUUCGACCUCUAUUUUAGACCUGCAUGAAAAAGAGGAGAGUAGUUUUCUGAGGGCAAUUAGAAAAUAUAGUUGCUACAAAAAGAAAGCAAAAAGAGGUAGUUAAACAUGCGCAUUUCAACUUCGGUUGAAAGUAAUUUAUACAUAAAUUUAUUUGCAUUCUUUGUUUACAAAGCCUCUAGCGAUGUUGUUGUUUAUAAGAUGUAACUUCACGAUCAUUUUUUGUAAGAGAUGAUCAACCACCAAGAUGAUUGAUUACUGAGUUUAAUGAAGUUAUGACCUCAUGACAUUCUGGAAUGGGAUUGAUGCA